UGUGUGCUAACUAAAUGUAUUUUUAUAGUCACGAGUUUUAUCAUGGUGGUAGUGGGUGGUAAUCGACACCAGUUCCGAGAAAGAAGAGUUAGAAGACAAUGAAGGGAGAGAAGAAAGUCGUAAUUGUAUAUAUAUCAUAUGGUAAUGUGUGGUAACGAAAUGUAUUUUUAUGAAUAUAAUGUUUUUACUAUGGUCGUAGAGGAUUGUAAUUAGAUUUACAUGGUUUUACCUUCU